AUGAAAGGGACCUGGAACAGUCACGUUUCUUCAUUCAUUCAAAGCAUUGGAAACCGUUGGGGAGUCUCACCGGAUCCUCAUUAUUUCUCUCUAAAUGAUCCAACUUAUCAAGCACGGUUAAACGAGAUUAAAGAGUUAAUAAGUGGUAUUCAAGGAAUCUACACUACCGAAGAAUUUGAAAAAAAUCAGCGAGAACAAGAGAAGAUUCGGCUUCAGAAAGAAGAGGAAGCGAGAAAAGCAAAGCAGAAAUAUGAAGAGGAAUUAAAAGAAAAGGCAAAAAGAGAGGCCGCCGAUCAAAUGCGACGGGAGAUGGAGGCACGAGAAAAGAGGCUAACAGAGAAAUGGGAAAAUGAUUUAAAGGCAGAGAGAGAACGAAUAAAUCAAUAUGAAAAAUUACUAGAACAAGAAAGACAACGAAAAGAGAGAGAAUUGCAAGAGCAACAAGAGCAGCAAGCACGAAAGCAACGGGAGGAAAAAGACGAUUUAAGUAUAGCAGGUGCAACUGCUGUGGGGGCUACUGCGGGGGCUGUUGUGGGGCCUGUAGGUGCAGUCCUGGGAGCUGCUUUAGGGGCUGCUACGGGGUUGAUUAUAAAGGGUAUUAAAAAGUUUUGA